GCAAACAACAUGGGUGUCGGUGUAGUUGGGAUUAUUGAAUGCAACUUCCUAAAGCCAACUCAUAACAAACAAGAUUUUGACUACACAAAUGAGUACAGACUUACAAUAGCAGCAUUAGGAGAAAAGCUUAAUGAUUACUGGAAUGAAAUGAAAACGAAGAAAAACGAAGAAUGUCCAUUAGCUUUGCCAGUUGAGGAGAUACAAAAACAGCCUGAUCAGACAUGGGUACAAUGUGAUGCGUGUCUGAAAUGGCGGAAGCUGCCAGACGGAAUAGAGCACUUGCCAGAAAAGUGGUACUGCUCACUGAACCCUGACCCACAAUUCCGGAAUUGUAAUGUGCCAGAAGAACCAGAAGAUGAUGACUUAAUUCAUCCUACAUAUGAGAAGACUUACAAGAAAAAAGACAGGGAAAAGCUGAAGAAGCGACUAGAGUACCACCAGAUCAAUAAUGAAAUGUUUUUAAAAACACCUGUUUCUUCAAGUAAAGACUUCAAAGCAUUCUCAGCUGGGACUGGAAAGGAAGCUGUUUCUAGAUCACUUUUACCAGAAACAUCAAAUGCUUCUGUCAAAAGACCUCUGCUUAUUUUAAAUAGAUCAGUAUCUUCACCUCAUUCUGAUCCUGAUAACAGUCAUAAGCGGAAGAUAUCCAUUUGUGUGACACCUGUGUCUUUAAAGACACCUCGAUUGAAUGACAAAACAUUCAAGAGCCAUGAUGAUGAUGAAGAUGUCAUAAUUUUAGAGGAGAGCAGUACUCCAAAGCCUUCAGCAGAUUCUGAUGUUGCUGUAGUAAAAACUGAAUGUAUUAAUUUGGAUCAAGAGGAGGAGCAGAAAGAAAACUGUGGUGUUGGAGAACCUUGCAGUACAGCUACUUCAGAACCAAAAAGUGAACAGUUGACCUCAGCGACACAGACAGAGCUCCCAAGCUUAGUGGUUAAAAAGGAAGAGGUGGAAGAUGACACUGAUAUUCAAGUUCCCAGGGCAGAGAUGGAAACUGAACAGCACAAUGCUAAUGAUGUUUCUGAGACAUCUGUAGAUCUUGGAAAUGAACUGAAAAAUCAGCUGCAAUUAUUAAACAAAGAAAAAGAAAUGUACCAAAACAAAUGUGAAGUAUUAACCAAACAAGUAGAAACACUGGAACAGAGGAUUUUAGAAAUGAAUAAUAAGUAUGUAAAAAAAGAAAUGUGCCAUCAGUCAACUGAGACAAUUUCUUCAUUUGAGGAAGAAAAUCUUCAUGAAAGAAGGUUGGCAGAAAUGACCAUUCUCUAUGAAAAUGCCUUAGAAGAAGUAGCAAAACUAAAGGAACAAUGCAGUACCCUGCAGAACUUAAAAACUGAAUGCAGCAAGUGUGCUGAUGGUGAAAAUAAGAGCGAGGUGGAUGAGAUUGCUGUGCAACUGGAUGAUGUUUUCAGGCAACUGGACAAGUGCAGCACUGAGAGAGACAGAUAUAAAAGUGAGAUUGAACUACUAGAAGUGGAAAAAAAUCAAAUUGCCUGUCAAUGUGAAGAACUCAAAGCAGAAAUCUCACAGUUAAAAGCUUCAAUUCCACAAGCAGUAGCAUGUGCAAAUGAUUCUACCACCAGUAAUGUGGAAGAUUCUGUAAAUUUUUCUGAUGGAGAAAGCCUGAAACUACGCUCUCUUCGAGUGAAUGUUGGACAACUUCUGGCUACAAUCAUGCCUGAUCUAGACUUGCAGCAAGUAAAUUAUGAUAUUGAUGUAGUAGAUGAAAUUUUAGGACAAGUUGUAGAACAAAUGCAUGAAAUCAGUAGUACUUAAGAUUUUAGCAGACUCUUACUUGAUCUUCCAUUAUAACCUUUGUGUAGGUUCAAAAUUGUAUAUACUGCUUCUACACUUUAUAUAUUUGACAUAGUUUGAUCAGUGAGUGUAUAUACUCUACACAGCUAGAUGUUCCCACAAUGCAGUGGGUGUUACCUUCACUUCCUCU